UUUGAGGUUACUGAUCCAACCUGUGAUUCACCUUCUCCUGAAAGCUAUUCGGAAGCUACAUUUAAUUGCCCCACUGAUGAAGUUCAGACUGAAUGCCAGAACUCUGGCAGUGCUCUUGCAGGUGAGAACUCUCACUUCUUGCUUUUAACGGAGUUCGAACGCCAGGACUCUGGCAGUACUAGUGCAGGUGGGAACUCUCACUUCUUGCUUUAGGGAGUUCGAACGCCAGAACUCUGGCAGCGCUCUUCAUGUGAGAACUCUCACUUCUUGCCUUUAGGAAGUCCGAACGCCAGAACUCUGGCAGUGCUCGUGCAGUGUCCUUGCAGGUGAGAACUCUCACUUCUUGCUUUUAACGGAGUUAGAACGCCAGGACUCUGGCAGUACUAGUGCAGGUGGGAACUCUCACUUCUUGCUUUAGGGAGUUCGAACGCCAGAACUCUGGCAGCGCUCUUCAUGUGAGAACUCUCACUUCUUGCCUUUAGGAAGUCCGAACGCCAGAACUCUGGCAGUGCUCGUGCAGGAACAGACCAAUCUCUCCCUGAAGAGAUUCUACGAAUUUUGGGGGUCGACCCAAAUGCGGCGACCGCCGAGCAGGUGCCAAUGAACCCGAAUUUGGUACAAGUGUGGCGCGACAUUUUGGCCAAUGGUUUACCUUCCGACACUAGGAAGGAAUUAAUCACCAAAUAUCCUCUGAGGUCAAACUGCCCUCUUUUAGCGGCGCCUCGUCUGAACCAGGAAGCCCGAAUUGCAAUUUCCGAGGUAGUGGCAAGGAAGGAUGCGCGCCUGAUUGCAAUCCAGAACCAAAUGGGAGCAGGAUUGUCAGGUCUGGCAACUGCUUUAGACUUGAUUUUCGCCACCGACCGUCAGGAUAAUUUCGAGCUACGUCUAGUAGAGUGCAUCAGCGAUGCGGCGAAGUUAUUUGGUGACAUUCAUCAUGAUCAAUCUCAGGCUCGCCGACAAAUUAUCAAAGCAACCUUGAGCCCUGCCCUCAAGGAUACUUUAUCGGAGGCGUCCGUUGACGGUUGGCUUUUCGGCGAUAACCUCAGCGAGCGAAUCAAGACGGCUAAACCUUUGGAGAGAACAUCAGCGGAUCUGAAAAGAACUCCGGUGACGAAACCUCGUCCUCCACCUGUCGUCUCACACCACCAGGACGCACGACAUUUAAACUACAAGGGCCCCUCUCGGUAUCGCCAGUCGCACAGCCGCGGAGGGGCACAACACGGCCACUCAAAGAAAUCCAGCCGUCAAAGCCAACAGGCGCAAAUAGCCCCAUCGUCGAGACGAUCCGGAACACACCGCUCUGCGACGAACAGAGCGUUGCCCCGUCAGUAGCUACGCAGACAGAUCUAGUGCGAACACAAGAUACUUCAAACAAGCAAGCAAGUUGUUGUAUUAGGAGAUAAUCAACGCAUUAUGGAAAAUACCGAAGAGACUUUUGAAAAACGAAAAGGAACCACGAAUAAGGGUAACAAAUACGAAGAUUUGAUCACCGCUAACGUCGCACUACAAAUGAUAAGCAACACUAAAAUUAAAGACUUCCUCAUUUCAUCGAACGAUAAAAAGUUUGGUGAUUUUGAUGACGUAGUUAUCGAAAUUGGGACAGAUAGGGGAAUCGAAACAAAAGCAGUGCAAUUAAAACACAGUAAUGAUAAAAGACACUUAAUCAUAAAGCAGCUGGCAGACAAAAGUGGAGACUUUAGUUUAAUCAAAUAUUUCAGUUCUGCUCAAAAGGUUCAGGGCGAAAUGAAAACUUUUAUUUUAUUUACCACAAACAUUUCCAAAAUUUCAGAGAAAACAAAAUUUAAACUAGAUGGAGAAAACUUUUACUUGAAGGCGAUUAAAAAAACGGUUUCAGGAGAUAAUUUCGACGUUUUAAGAAUUUCAAAAAAUGUAGAUUUUUAUUAUGAAUUCCAAAUCCUAGAGGACGAAGAGACUAAACAAAAUCCUGAAAAAAUUCAGCAGUAUCGAAUUUUCUUCGAAAACUUUCGUCUUUACACAAACCAAGAACGUUUUGAACCUCUUACAAAAUCAACCAUGAGUAGAUUUACUGAGAUGUUUUGUUCUAGCGAAGAAACCUUCAAGAAAUACGUCGAGGUCAUUUCGGAGUGGAGUUUUAAAGAAGGAAAGAAAGAAAAAUUAAGCAAAAAAAUUAUACAACGUGCAAUCGCACUUCAUCUACUUUCUUCUCAUAUCGAACAUUUUGUUUUUGAUUCCGUCACAGACGAAAUGAAAAUUCUUCGAGAGGCUAUUUGUUCGUUUGACAUUACGUUAUUGGAAAAAGAAGGCAACAACGAAGUUAAAAAGUUGUGGGGCGACUUGGACAAGAAUGUUGACCUCAAAGAGCUAAACAAAGUUCGAUCACUUUAUUCGCUUUCUAUUGAUUAUAUAAAUAGUGUCCAAAAUCUGGAUCCAAUUUUGUUGACACAGUUGCUGUGGUUGAUGGACAAAUGUCCCCUAAUUGUAAAAGAACACGAAAAUAUGGAGAAAGCUAUUGAACUCUGUCCAGAUGCAAAAUUUAUCAUACUUGGUGAGAGAAAUCGUGGAAAAUGGAUGAAAAAUCUUUCAGUGUUUGAAAACUUGUCUGAUUUGAAAUCAAAAGGCCAAUUGUAUGACGAAAUAAUGCAGAAGUUCACCAUUUCUUUACAAGGAAAAGAACCACUCAAUUUGGUGACUGCGUUCGAAGAAAAUGACGUAAUUUUGAAACACGUAACGGUAAACAGACUUUUAGAAAUGGCAAAUAGUGAGUGCUAUGUAGAUGGAGGAAAGGAAACUUUUCCCAAUCUUUAUAUCGAAAGAUAUUUGACGGCUAAUAUUAUAGACAAUAAGUAUUUAGAACAUGUUAAUACAAAUACUGUUGUUAUCUGUUCAUAUUACAUGGGCCAGGAUUAGUGUGUCGAUUGUAUUGCGCCCGGCUACCUUGUUUUGGAUUUACUUCAAAUAAUGUUUCAAUUAUAAAAAUAAUAGUAAUCAUUGUAUACACGCGUAUAAAAUUAAUAAAGAAUCACGACCGAUAA